UGCUUGUUUAGCCUGACGACAGCCAAGAUGAAGUUUAUGCUCCCGAUGGUCAUGGAUGAAUGCAGUCCAGUUUUUUCUUGUAUUGGUUCCUCUUCCUUGUCUAUGUCCGUUUGAACAGAUAUUUUCAUCGUAAAAAAUUGCAUGUGUCACACCUGGUCCAAGAUUAAGCCGAAGGCGUUCAGUUAGGUCCUCCUCACAGGUGACAUUUGUUGUUUCGCCUCUGAAGGCAUAAGAAAAAUAAAAAUGCGUUCGUCUUUGUUGUCGUUGUGCUUGGCGGUGCUGUCCGUGUCGCUGCUCGGAGUGGAAGGUACGUAUAGCAAUUCUAUCUUAUCAGCUUUAUUUAAUUCGCGGAUGCGCACCAGUUGUUCAUAGUGCGAAGCUGCUGAAAGAAGGACCGAAUUAAAGCCUCCCAGAUAAAGAAAUUUAAAGAUAAAGCAGAUUGAAAAGAAAACAGUAUAUUUCGUGGAAGAGGAAGACGCACAUGCCAAGGAACAGACCGCAAAGGAAAAGAACACAGGCCAGUGACGUCAAAAUUUUUUAGAUUGUGGAAGAAGAACCUGUGACGAAGAGGGCACUAGUAUCGGGCGAACACUGAGCCGCGACUCUGAUGCAUGUCUUCGCUUGACGAGGGUCAGUCUCAAUUUCUCGAAUAUGCGCUACGGCCGAGGCCUAGCACGGUCAGAACUUCCCUAGUACUUUCGGAUGAAGCGGAGCGCACAUGGAUGAAAUAAAAUUUUUUGGAUUCUAACACAAAAAUCAAAACAGCGCUGCAGCUGAAAACCCGGGUGCAGAAGUAUGUGCCGAAUUGUUUUUGUCAUACUGCUUCUCGAACAUGCAGACACGAAAUUGUGGUUUUUUCAUCCUCUGCAACAGCUAUCCAAUCUCGUGGACGAGAUUCUUCUUUGCAGUCACGGGCAUAAUUUUUGAUGCAGCAAAAAAUGAUCUACGUUUAGAAUGACAUUUUUGAUGCGAUUUCCAGAAGUAGUCGCUUGCCGCGAAGCACAAACGAGAGAACGAUUUCACAUGCAUACCUGGGCGAAGUACGAACCGGACUACGAGAACGCGGACGCGUAUGGAAAUACUUCAGCGCGUCAUCAGGAAUGGGAUUUCCGAGAGUGUGCCACUGUAAGUACAAGAGCAAGCGUUGCGAUAAAAGCAAUCCCCUUGCUGAGGAAAAGGUAAAAUUGAUCGCGAUGAUGGAGUGAUUAAUCGUGAUGAAUUACUACGUGCGGGUUUUCAGACGAGAGUUCAUUUGUGUCUUGCAUGUUGAGUGUUUAGAUCAACCAGUCCAACCGAGACGCAGCUUUUUCGUUGCAUUGUAUCAGACAAAAACACGCUGGCCAAGCUGAUUUGUCAUGAUGGUGUCUGGUACAACGUAUUUGGACUUAGUGCACACAGAAAAAACAUACCGAAAAGACAAUACGUACAUUAGUAUUGUCUAGUAUUGUCUCUCUGCGUGAGGGGCAGCAUCAGUAUAAGUACUUCUUUUUUGUUCAUCUCCGUGAAUGUAGGUAUUUUGCUUUUUUCCGUGUCUACCAAGUUUGAAACCUAGUGACAUACAAGAAAUAUGGCGAAGCCAGCGUUUUUUUUGUCCAUACGCGACCGCGAGGACCCGGACGGCAUCACGGUUGAGGAGGAGGCCCAGCAAGGAGUAUGGAAUAAAUUCUCUCCUCGCCUGUCACGGAUGAUCGUUGCGUACCAGAAAGUGUACCAUUUUGGGGGGCUUUUGCUUGUCAAAAAGAUGUUGUGAGAUCGUCGUACUCUUACUGAGCUUGCAUUGCGGGUCAUGUUGGAUCUUUUACUACUUACUACACUCGUAGCCCUAAAUUGGUUUCGCCUGGUUCCUCUACGUUCCGACUCGAGGAAGGAAAUUUAGGUUUUCCAUACGCCAGUAUGAUCGACGAGAGCACCGGUGAGAUGGACCUGGACGCCGUCGAGAACGCGGACAUGGACCCCGUGGACUUUAUUGCAGGGAAAAAGAGUAGUACUCUCCAAUGUUGAAUUUUUUCCAUACUUGCAAAUCUAAAAAACCAUGAAGAGAAAGAAUUCGUGAUCUAAAAACAUCUCUCAGACGACUGUCGUCUAAAUGAUUUUUAUCACGCAUGAGGCGCCCUAAACCAGCCUGGUGCUCGGUUUGCGCAGAGAGAAUUUCUUUGCGCACAACUCGGAGUGAGGUUGCGCGUUGUCCUCUUUGUAAUGCGGAUAUGUACUUCUAGUAGGAGUACCACUACCGUACAAUUGAUGGAAUGCAGCGUUAGCAAGAUGAACGUUGUGCAUGUUCUAGCUGUUUUUCCCGAGGAUUUUUUCGAACGUGUACCCGGGGGAGGACUUGGCGCUCGAGGACGCGAAUGACGAGGAGAACAACUACCAGCCGGUACCCUGAGUAAAAAACGUCGUCCCUACAACCCCACAGUCAAAGCGGCAAGAAUUUUGUACUUCUAAAGAAAUCAUCGAGUUCUCCUUUUUUUGCGCAUGAUUAGCAGUUGUUUUAGCGCGGAACGUGCCCGUACCUGGCUACUGCUGUUGUAUCACAAAUAGGCCAGCUCAGCCUGAUUUAAAAACCACAUGCUUCUCAUGAAGCUGCGCAUGAGAAACAAUAAACGUAUUCAGCAUUGCAGAUCUGCAUGUCAUAGGUACUGAUUCUCGUACAUUUGUGGAAAUGGGGACGUUUUUGCACACGACAUCUGGGGCAUGACCACGUCAACGUCAUCCACCACGGACCCAUGCGCUACACCAACCGCGACUUGAUGAAGUAAGGUGCGAACUGUGUGGUCGGGACGGAAAAGCUGAAAUGAUGUACACGGACUGUGGCUUCGAGCGUGUAACAGCUUGUUCCGCGAACUCCUUGCUUCAUUUAGGAUGUUUAAAAAAGUUUGAAACCACGAUGAGAUAACGAAUAGCAUGAUGGUUUCAACUUGUCGUUAUUCUCUAGUGCUGUCGGUCGCUGUUUCGAAGUUUGGAUAUUUCAAACAUGAAAGAUUUAGCCCUCUCUUCUUAUUUCUACCAGCGUAACCCUGACUUUUUUUCCGAAGAUUGUGCGUCGUGCUACGUACUUGUGAUACAAGACUAUUGUUUCGUGGAUUUCAACCGAUUCGAAGGAAAUAUGAAGUAUCUAAAGGUCGGGCGCACUGCCCAGUUGCGAUGAAGUGUGAU